UCAGAUAUUAAACACAUCAUUCCCAUAGCCAGGAGAGGCCUAACUCAAAAGCAAAACAAUCUGGGUUUCUUGCUUCAGUGAACCCUGCAGUCUAGAAAUUUCUCAGUUCUACUUUAAAUAUCUUCCAAACCUCAGAGAAAGAAGAAGAAUGUGGAUAGCUGUUAGUCUUCUUUUUCUCUUCUCUUGGAUACCAGGUGCCAGCAUGAGACAGAUCUGUACAUACCAUGAUGUGGUCGAGUACCUGAACAUCUCCUCCAGGCAGGAACUCCUUUUAUACUCUAUACCUAAGAAGAAUUGGGAAGAGUAUUUGGAAGUUGGCCUUGACUUCACCCUCACUUCCAUUCUUUCAGUGAAGGAAAAAUUACAAGUGGCCACAUUCUACUUCUGGUUACUUUUGAUCUGGAAAAAUGAAUUUAUCGGCUGGAAUCCUUUGGACUUCUGUAACAUUUCCAGUAUCGCUCUCCCUGUGAACCUUUUUUGGACCCCUGAUAUUUUCAUAGAUGAACAGGCAGAUGAAAAUAAGCAUGCAACUAGUCCUUUCGUUCACGUAUCCUCUGAUGGCUCCAUUAGUUUAUUUCAAGCACAUCGACUCACUUCCACCUGCCAAUUGGAUGUCCACAUGUUUCCUUUUGAUGAGCAAACAUGCAGCUUAACUAUAGCGUCAUCCUUACAUUCAGACAAGGAAGUGAGGAUAAAGAACAUUAAAACUUCCAACAAGACAAACCAAGACAGUCGCAAGUAUUAUUUAGCCAGCGGAGAAUGGAAGUUUGAGAAAGUGAGGAUCACUGAGCAAACGUUGUUUUAUGAACUCAUAAAUCACAGUGCAGUCAUCUAUGAGAUUGAUAUGAAGAGGAGAGCCAUUCUACAUGAAUUAGUUCUGAUUCUGCCAACUUUUAUUCUCUUCUUGCUGGACAUGGCUAUUUCUUAUGCUUUUGCCUCUCCCACAGAAAAGAUUGCCUUCAAAGUGACCAUGAUCUUGCAGGUCUCAUUUUUGUCUAUGAUGCUUAAUGACAAGCUACCAGCAACGUCAGAUCAUCCACCAAUAAUAGCAAUGUUUUUUAUCGGAAUCUUCGCAUUUAUGGUCCUUGGCAUCCUAGAGAAUGCCUUUGUUGUGUAUCUCAAGGAGCAGAAGUCAAAGCUCCCAUCCUUCAAGACCAAAAACUUUAUAAGUAGAUUCUUGAGAAAGGAAAAAGAAAAAAUAAAGGACUCUGUCAUGGAUGUAGGGGAUGAGAUACUCAUGGAGAACAAGCCAACUACGGCGCUUCCCUUGGCUGAAAAUGACAUCACAGACAGCCUUAUGCUUCUGAAACAGCUGAACAUGGAGCUGCAACAGAUCAAGAAGCACCUGGCUCUGGAAGAAGGCAAGGAGAUUCCUGGCCCUGCCAAACAGGACAAACUUAUCCAGCUGGAGAAGUAUCUUUAUUAUAUCCGCUUGGUCUUAUCCCUCAGUUUUAUAGCCUUUAUUAUAAUCGAGUGGAAAAGCUGAAGUUCUUUGCGGUAUGGAACUAGCGCACUGUAUUUGUUGGCCAAGUCAUAGAAUGUACAUGUGCAGUACUAUUGGGUUAAUUCCUCCAUCAUCACAGUAUGACAAACAGCCUCUGAUCUGUGCUCACAUCACACGUAGACUACUGUAUUUUUAAAGAUGAGCUUUCAAGCUUCAGCUUCUCCUACAGUUGAAACCCUAUGCACUGGUGUACGUGACACUUAAUUGCAUUAUAAACACUUUGCUGCCUUCAUCAGUAUAUGCUCCCAAUCUAGGAUGAGGGGAAAUGCUAGCCCAGCAAUGCCUUUAAAAAAUGGAAUGGGUCUAACCUGUAGAUCCUGUUCAGAAAAACUAAAGGCACCUCAGACUCCACUCAGACCUAUACCUUUCUUCCUUUUCCUCUGAAGGUGCCCAUUAAUUCACAGUUCUCAGCCAAUAAGCUCUUCUUCAAGAGUUCUUCCACCUAAAUGUUCAUAACAUGAAUGCCUAGGUAUCUCUCUCCUGGUGUCUUGCCAGCCAUCCUUGCAAGUUAAUGCACAUAAAAAAUGGGCGGAGCUUUGAUUGCACCAUCAUGCCCACAUCUUGACUUUUUUUUUAACCAUACCUUGUGGACACCCUUGUCCUUAACUAGCUUGAAAACUUUAGCCCCCUACUUGAUUUCAGUGGCAAGACGUGAGGAAAGUAUUAUAAAGAAAUAACUUGUAUUUAUAUCUUCUGAAUGCAAAACGCUGCAGGUAUUGAUAUCUGUAACUGAUCCUUGAGGAUUUGAACUACUACUUCAUCCUUCAGGCAGGGUCUGAGUGGCUUCUUUACUUCUUCUGACCAUUUUUGGUGCUGCUCCCUUUUCUUUUUUGCUAUUUCUUUAACUGCACAUGAAUAUAAACCACAUUAUGAGGCAUAUGUGAGCAUGUGGGUGUCUAAUGCAUGAUUGAGGCAAAUAUAAAAGAUCUCAUCAAUAUCAUGUAGAAAUCAUUUUAAAAAUCUAUUUGCUAACCUCAGUAUCAUUGUAGUUGUUUCAGGUGUAUCACUGUUUCAGCUCAAACCAUAAAGCCUUCAGGAUGGACCACCUUUAGUAGAUGAAGGUUAUACAAACUGUGGCAUUGGGGACCAAAACCCGCACUAGAUAGGGCAAUGUUAUCAAAGAGUCUUGGCUAUGCCCUCAAAGAUGAUGG